AUGUCCGAUAGACCCUCACACCGAGGUGGCCGCGGUGGCCAAGGAUCGCAUCCCCGAGGUGGCCGCGGAGGCGGUCGUGGAGGAGGCGGCGCGGGAGGCGCCCAGCAGGAGCGCGAGAGACCCAAGAAGGAGAACAUUCUUGACUUGGGCAAGUAUAUGGACAAGCAGAUCACCGUCAAGUUUAACGGCGGUCGUGAGGUCAAAGGCACAUUGAAGGGCUAUGAUGCUCUUAUGAACCUGGUACUAGAUGAUGUACACGAGGUUGUUCGAGACGACGAAGGCAACGACUCCACUCGAUCCCUUGGCCUCGUAGUUGUUCGAGGUACUCUCCUUGUUCUCGUCAGCCCAGUCGACGGCAGCGAAGAGAUUGCCAACCCUUUUGUGCAGGCCGAGGAUGAUUGA